CUACCCAGCAGAACAAACACCUUUCUAAAGAAAACCCACCGCAGCGACUUUCAGUCUGACUCAGAAGCUGAACGUUUUUUAACAUUGCAUUUCUGUGCACAACAAAUGGCCAAACUGAAUUCAUACACGCAUCAGACCAGUAUGAAGAUUAGAUAUAUAAUGAGCGUUAUGUUGAACUGAGAGGAUUCAUCAGCCGACGUUAGAUCAGAGUCUUCACUGAAGUCUUAAAGAAAAUGCUCUACGCACUUGUUUUGUUCUGCUUGCUCUCGAGUCUGAUGGGUGCGUUUGGGGCUAUGAUAAAAGAAAUGGAGUCAGUGAUGGAGGGAGAUUCUGUUACUCUAAACAUUGAUGUUACUGAAAUAGACGACAUGGUGGACGACAUAGUGUGGACAAUUGGAGAUGAAAAGAGUUUUAUAGCUAAACAUAACAGAAAGAAGCAAACCUUUUCGAUAUAUGAUGAUGUUCUUGACGGGAGAUUCAGAGACAGACUGAAGCUGGACAAUCAAACUGGAUCUCUGACCAUCACGAACAUCUCAACUCUACACGCUGGAGUUUAUAAAGUAGAUCUUAGUGGACCUCAACUGACAACAAAAACAUUCAAUGUUUCAGUCUAUGCUCGUCUGCCUGUUCCUGUCAUCAGCAGGAACUCUUCACAAUGUUCAUCAUCUUCAUCUUCAUCAUCAAAUUGUUCGUUGUUGUGUUCGGCGGUGAACGUGGGUCAUGUGACUCUCUCCUGGUACAAAGGAAACAGUUUAUUGUCCAGCAUCAGUGUGUCUGAUCUCAGCAUCAGUCUCUCUCUACCUCUGGAGGUGGAAUAUCAGGAUAAAAACACCUACAGCUGUGUGAUCAACAACCCCAUCAGAAACCAGACUCAACACAUCAACGUUACUCAGCUCUGUCAGCCAUGUCCAGCACUGGACUCGCAUUCUCCUUCACAAGAAGACUCACUUCCAAUACUGUUGAUCUCUGCUGGAUCUCUGUUCGCUUUAGCUCUAAUUACAAUCUCCUGCAUCUACAGGAAACGUAAAAGAGCCGAUCAAAAAGUUCAGACUUGUAUUGAAGAAAUAACGUAUGCAGAGACAACAUUCUUCAAAAGAAAAUCACGCAGAUUGAAAAUCGGAGAGGAGACUCAUGUGGACUAUGCAUCUGUCGUCAUAUGAUUAAACAAAGACGUUUUCAUUGGUUCAACUCUUUAGACACCCUCAGAUGGUAGAGCUCUCAAGCUGGUACGAAUCACAAAAAACAUCCAACGCAACACAUUUACAUGAACGACGAUUAAAGCUAGCUUUGAAAGCUUUCUGCUAAUCACUCUCCAAAGCCAUGCCUCUUGUCUCUUGACACUUGACGCAGCGACUGCUAUCGGGCCGCGAAAAGACUUUUCGGGGCGUGGAAAGACCCGACAGACCAG